CUCCCGCCGCCGACCAUGGACGACCUGGACUGCGACUCCACCUGGGAAGACGACGCGGAGGACGCGGAGGACGCGGGGGACGCGGAGGACGCGGAGGACGCGGGGGACGCGGAGGACGCGGGGGACGCGGGGGACGAGGAUGCGGAGGAGCCGCGGGUGGCGCGGCCCGGCGCGCUCCAGUCCAGGACAUCUGGCUCCCGCAACUGGCGAGCCAUGCAGGACCUGCGCAGGUACCGGCAUCAUUACCCGGAUUUGGUGGAACAAGACUGCAGUGGUGAGGACAUGCCCAACCUGAGCUUCUACAAGAAUGAGAUCUGCUUCCUGCCCAACGGCUGCCUCAUUGAGGAGUUGCUUGAGCAGUGGCAGGGCCGCUACAGCUUGCUGGAAGACAACCACUCCUACAUCCAGUGGCUGUUUCCUCUGCGGGAGCCCGGGGUGAACUGGCACGCCAAGCCCCUCACGCUGCGGGAAGUGGAGGCCUUUAAAAGCUGCCCGGAAGUGAAGGAGCGGCUGGUGCGCGCCUACGAGCUGAUGCUGCAGUUCUACGGGAUCCAGCUGCAGGACCGGGCCACGGGUGCCGUGUGCCGCGCACAGCACUAUGAGAAGCGCUUCCACAACCUCAACUGCCGCAGCCACAACAACCUACGUAUCACGCGCAUCCUCAAGUCGCUGGGCGAGCUGGGCCUGGAGCACUACCAGGGACCGCUGGUGCGCUUCUUCCUGGAGGAGACGCUGGUGCGCCAUGAGCUGCCUGCCGUCCGGCAAAGCGCCCUGGACUACUUCGUGUUUGCUGUGCGCUGCCCACGCCAGCGCCGCCAGCUCCUGCGCUUUGCCUGGGAGCACUUCCGGCCACGUAACCAGUUCGUCUGGGGGCCCCCGGAGAAGCUGCGCAGGUGCCGGCCCACCGCCAACGCCCUCCGCAAAGCUGGCACCCAGGGUCAACCCCAAGAGCCAGAGCUGAACAGAGAUGGGGACAGGGAGCCCCCCUGUCCCCAGGAGGACGAGGCUGAGGAGGGGGACAGUGGGCGGGACAACACAGGCCUGGGAGAAGAGGCCAGGACGAGCAGGGAGGACCAGCCGGAGCCCCCCAGCCCCAAGGAGAGCAAGAAGAGGAAGCUGGAGGCGAGCCGGCAGGAGCAAACUCCUGAGGGGCUGGGCGGCCAGAGCGCCUGUGAGGUGGAAGCCAUUGUCCUCAACCUGGAAGGCUGUGCCCUGAGCCAGGGUGGCCAGGACCCUGCUGAGGCCGGGCAGUCCUGCCUCCCCCCGCCGGGAGCCAGGCUGCCGGAGGCCAGGAAGCGGAGGAAGGUUGACCAGCCCGGGUGUCUGGAGGCUGCAGAGGGCAGAGACGAGGAGGAGGGUGGGGCUGGCUCCGUUGGGUUGCAGCAGGGAGCCCCUGGGGACCCCACAGUGGAGAAUGGGGCUGUGGCCGACGAGGUGGAGACUGGGUCUGCCAAACCCAGGAAGCUUUAGGGACCAGGGUGGCGUGGGCCUCGGGUAUUGUCAGGCCUGCUGCAGGAAGAGGCUGGGUCGGC